AUGUAAUAAAACGCGCGCCAUGAAACCAGUCUGUCGAGAGAGAGUCCAUUUCCACCCGAGCGUCCACGUCGUGGCGGGUAUCCAACCCGUUGCCAGUAGCCCCUAACAACUCUUCUCCUGCAUACUAUAUACUCACCUGCUUGAUUCCCCGCUUCUAGUUCUCAUCGGAGCUGCAAUCCAUCGACCCUCAGCACAACGGCUUAACGCGCGCCACCCCCCGCGCUACGCUGCACACUCCGGUGCUAUACGGUCUCCACAGAUGGACGCCGACGCUGCCUCCCCGUCGGACCAGCACAGGACGGUGUGGACGGAGCCGCCCAAGAGGCCGGCGGGGCGGAUCAAGUACAAGGAGACGCGCCACCCGCUGUACCGCGGCGUGCGGCGUCGGGGGCGGCACGUGCGGUGGGUGUGCGAGGUGCGCGUGCGCGGCACCAAGGAGACAAGGCUCUGGCUCGGCACCUUCCGCACCGCCGAGAUGGCGGCGCGAGCGCACGACUCCGCCUCGCUUGCUCUCUCCGGAAGCGCCGCCUGCCUCAACUUCGCCGACUCCGCCUGGCGGAUGCUGCCCGUCCUCGCCGCUGGGUCUUCCAGCUUCAGCAGCGCGCGGGAGAUCAAGGACGCCGUCGCCGUCGCUGUCGUAGCGUUCCAGCGGCAGCGCUCCAUCGCGUCGAAGGACGUCCAAGGCUCGCCGACGCCGAGCGAGCUGUCCACGUCCAGCGAUUUGCUGGACGAGCACUGGUUUGGCGGCACGGAUGCCGGAUCGUACUACUCGCCGGGCAUGUUCAUGGAGCCGCCGGAGCGGCCUGAAAACCGCGAGCUCGGUGCCGGCGACGUGAUAGAUGCAAGUUUGGGUAUUGGGAAGAAGAAAUACAUCGAUCUAUGGGAAGCAACGUCCAUUUCUUUAGAAUCAAAGAACAAAGAGUUUUUGACGCUGCAACCGAUGGACACCGCCGCCCCCGGCUCCCCGCGUGAGGGGCACAGGACGGUGUGCUCCGAGCCGCCCAAGAGGCCGGCAGGGCGGACCAAGUUCAAGGAGACGCGCCACCCGCUGUACCGCGGCGUGCGGCGGCGGGGCCGGCUCGGGCAGUGGGUGUGCGAGGUGCGCGUGCGCGGCGCGCAAGGGUACAGGCUCUGGCUCGGCACCUUCACCACCGCCGAGAUGGCAGCGCGCGCGCACGACUCCGCCGUCCUCGCGCUCCUCGACCGCGCCGCCUGCCUCAACUUCGCCGACUCCGCCUGGCGGAUGCUGCCCGUCCUCGCGGCUGGCUCGUCCCGCUUCAGCAGCGCGCGGGAGAUCAAGGACGCCGUCGCCGUCGCCGUCGUGGAGUUCCAGCGGCAGCGGCCCGUCCUGUCCACGCCAGAGACGCACGACGGCGAAAAGGACGUCCAAGGCUCACCGACGCCGAGCGAGCUGUCCACGUCCAGCGACUUGUUGGACGAGCACUGGUUUGGCGGCAUGAACGCCGGCUCGUACUAUGCGAGCUUGGCGCAGGGGAUGCUCAUGGAGCCGCCGGCCGCCAGAGCGCGGAGCGAGGAUGGCGGCGAAUACAGCGGCGUCCAGACGCCGCUUUGGAACACUUAUCCGACUAAUUAAGCCAUGUACACUUUUAGAAACUACUCCUAGACUACUAGUGGUUGUGUUCGUCCAAAUAUGGGAAGAUACAGAGUAAGCAUCAGGAGCAAUUUUUCUUCCCGUAUUUGAGAGCUUCCGGUUUCUAUUUGCAGGGAUGAAGGACUGAAUUUGUCUAUAAACUAUAAAGACCAAAGAAAAAUGACCAUAUCUGGUAGCCUAGUACUCACAGGUGCACUGAAUCUCCAUGGACCGGAAUCAAAAUAUCUUAUGGCAACAUGGAGAAGAAAACGACAAAUGAAAAGGAUGUCGCUGUUGAGUGCUACAACUUGACAAAAAAAAUGGUUGUUGGACAGAUUAUAUGCCAAA